UUUAUUACAGUAUUUGCUCUUGCAGUUAUCUGUAAACCCUUUUUUAGCAUGCAUGUGAUAGUCUUUUAACAUAUAAUUGCCCCCUCCUCCCCAAAAAGAGGCAUUUACAGGCAUCAUGUUAAGAGUUUAAAGUGGUCACACCUUUAGUUAUUUUUUGUCAGACUGAUAGUACAAAUAUGGAUAAAGAUUAAUAUCAUUAUAUUGCAAAAAUAUUUUCCCUAAAUAAAAAAAUUUCUGUGUAUCUGUUUCUUGGCUUGUUUAUUUUUAUUUUUUUUUAAACUCUGAACAUUAGGCCAAGCAUCUGGUGAAUGUGUGGAAAGUAUUUUUUUGAGAAAAUAGCUGUUUACAUCAGCUAAGAAGACAGUCCAGAGUUUCUCUGAUAUAGGUGAUGCUGUAAAUGAGCUCAAUACUAGAUUUUAAUUACAAAGUGACUCCCAUCCUACCCAAACAUUCUCUUUUCUUUCAUUAUGUAUUUGAUAUAAUCAUAUAUUUGGAGUUUGAUUGGUUUUUUUUAUACGUAGACAAAACAAUCUCUCUGAAAUUAUGGCUCCUAAACAAGCCUCCUGGUAGAGUCAGUAGAAUAGAAGCCAUUUAUUCUGGCUCUUUCGUUCCCUGUUAGACAUGUAUGACAUAUUGUUUUAGAAGUAGAUGAAUAAUCGAUGCAAAACACAUUAUUUUCUGUGAAGACUUUCUAAGCAAUUUCUGCAUUGUAAUCCUGACUGUUCAAUGUGAAUUCUUUGUCCUCCUUAUUGCUGCCUGUAAAUGCCACUUUUGAUUUACAUAGUAAAUUGCAGUGUCAAACACAUCACUUGAAAAAUAAUGUAGUUUUCACUUACUGUAUAUUUUUUGCUAAUUUUUGAGCAUUACUAGAACAAAGAGGAUAUACAUUUAGGCCCUAAUUGAAGAGUUGAUUGUGUGAGUACCUCCUUUGCCCUUCAGACUGUCCUUCUGAAUUCAGCCGUGGUUCUGUCAGUGCCUCAUUAUAUGGCUUUGGAUGUGAUUUACCGUACUACUCUGGUUUGGUAGUCUGUAAAAUGAGUGUGAUAAUAUUUCCAUAGUACCUUGCAUUAUGAAGAUUGAUGUCUAUUUUAUAGAGAUUUUGCAGUGUUCUGAAACUGUUUAAUCCCAUAUGGAUGCUACUUAUUUCUUGUUACAGCUUGUUGAAAGAAAGGACAAGGUAGACCCAAGUCCAACAACUAAAAAUUUGACCAAACCAGAUGGUUAUUCUUUCUUGUAGUAAUAGUGGUUCAUUAAUUGCAGUAUGGAGUUAAUUUUAAACAUUUCAUAAAAAAUGACAGUUUACACUCAUGCUAGAGUUGGUCUCUGAAGCUUUGUUGUAGUUUAAGUAAUAUGAAUAACAUAUUUUUGAGUAGGAACAAUGAAUUUAGUGAAGCGCUAUAGAAGUGUUAUCAACGGGAGUGUAAGAUCUGUUCAGCUGUCCUUCAUCACACUGGAAAAAAUACAAAGGCUAUUUUGUUUGUACAAAAGAAAAAGGAUUCUGCAAACAUUUAUCUACUGAUGUAUUGCCAAGAACCAUCCCGUUCUGGUGGGACAGUUCACAGUCGUAAGCAUUUUGCUUGGCUGUACUUUGGGCCCCUUUUUGGACCAGCUGAGCUGUAGGAGUUAUUGCACUGUUCAAGGAUGUUACCUAACACCAAAAUGCAAUGAAAUGCUUGUGAAGGGGAAAAUAGAAGGAGUUUUCAGGGUGUUAAGGUUUGUAUUCUGACAGCCUCCUGUGGAGUCUGUGGGACCCCCAAGACUUCUUAAGACCACGUAGAAGAGGAGAGCUGAGCUGGCAAUGUUGAAAACACCUUACUUAGGCAUGUAACUGCCUUGCUCCAUUACUUGUACAGUGUUGGGCUGGUAAACCUUCCUGUUGACUGUAAGUGAAAAUAUUUAUAUAGAUAAGACCUGUGGACAUCUAAAAUACACAGAGGGUCAAUGGCAUCUGGAUUCCAGGUUUCAUCCAGGAUCUGACUGUGACUGUGAGCGUACCUCACUUGGUUUUACAGUGGGAAGUGGCCAAGUCCAUCACUAUGUGCUAGAGUGACUUGGCUGCAUUACCUUCAGGCAGUUCCAUGUUUGGCUUUCUGGUAGCCCUGUACUCUUUCAACCUCACUGGUAGUUUUUUAGUGUGUCCUGUCACAGGAACUGUGCUUGGCCUGGAUGUGAUCAACACGUAAGUGAAGAGCAGCAACAAGCUGAUUACCCCAGAUAUAGUGAGACAGGACAUGGCAGCUCUGUUUAUUACGUGGUCUCCAAUUCCCUUUGUUCUGUGUAGCCUGAAUGCCAUGCUAAGCAUCUAAACUGUCCUGUCCCUAUUAGUCAGUAGAGUGAACACAUCCUUAAUUACCUGAGCAUUCAAUUACCUGAGCAUUCAAUGAAUCUGUAGAACAGUUAAAGUCACAAUAAAUAUUAAUUCCAUUCCCAGUUAAAGUAGCUUUUUUAAAUGUUUCCAUCUCUUUGUGAGAAUUUUUUAGGUGCUGAAUCAUACAUGAGGAAUUCUGCCUUGUUUAGGGAGCUAUUAAAGAACAUUACCUUUUAUGUCUUUAACUUCUUUAUGCAAGUGCUUUAUGCAAGUUCUCCCUCAUUUGCUGAGUUUGGCCUGUAAGCUGGAUUGUCUAGAUGACUGGAAAGCCAUGCACUGUUUAUUGUGUGGCUGUGAUUAAACCAGGGUUUCCAAAACCUUAGCACUCCAGCAAUCUAACUUCCUUUCCUUUAUGAUGGCAAGGAGGCAGUGGUUGCUCCUCCAGGGUGCUGGUAAUGGUCUUUCCUGUCCUUGGGUUCCAGGGAUUCACCUCUCCUGAUUUAGAUUGGCCUCUACAUUUUCAAUGUACUGGCUAAAUUUUGCAGUAUCAGUUCAACGAUGGACUUCAGAUGAAGAGGAUUUUGAAAUUCUGUUUAUAUAGGUGUAUAGAAGUAGAGUAAGCUGUAUUUAUUCUUUAGUGUUAACUAGGACCAGUCUCCUUGUAUGAAGCAAAAAGAAAUGAGUUACCAACUCCAAAAUGCGAGGCGUUCUUGCUGUAGUCCUCUUGUCUUUGGUCCUGAUAUGGUUAACAUUAAGACAGUAUAGAAAUUACACAGUGAAAGUUUUUACUACAGCUCAAUGAAAAAUACAUACAUAUGUGCAUAUACAUGCAUGUGCAUGUAUGUGUGUGUGUGUAUUCCCUCUCUCCCUGUAAUUUCAGGAUACUUUCCUACUAUUGCAAAAGUUCAACAAUAACAGUUGAAAGUGCCUGCAGCAAUAAGAACAGGUCAUUGACCUUAGAAUGAGGAAAACUAAGACAAUUUGGCAGCAUCUCAGGCUCCACUUGAAGAGUUCCAUUCCAACUUUCAAGUUUUAAAAUGUUAAAAGGAAAGUAGAAGUUUAAUUGUUUAAAUUGACUUCAAAUCUGUUCAGCUCCACGUCAUCAAAACCCCGAGCCUAAACCCCAAAAGCCUGGAGUUGCAGUUAGGAGUUUAUGCUGCGAAAUGUUGGUUAAUUCUGACACAAAGGUCUGUUCUACUGCAGAUCAUACUGAGCUGUGUGAGCAGUGCAAAGCAUUUUUGAGCUGACUGAAGCCAAUGGAAUUACCCCUUUACAGUCAUUUUAGCUUGGCGGGAGUAGCAUUUUGCCUUUGGCAAUAAUUGGCUUCCUCUUGUUUAAAGGGGAGGUUGUGGUCACAAAAGAGAGUGGUUGUGACCAAGUGGGUUUCUCCUGUGCCCAAUUCCCCACUGGCAAAUGUUCUGGAGAGAGCUGAGCCUUACAGUGUGGCAGAGUGAGCUAGAAGCACAGCUACCUUCUUGUAGUCCCUCAUCCAAGAGUCCAGGCUAACUGAAUUUCUGUUAUAUGGGGAAAAUAGGGAGAGGAGGUCAGCAUGAUGCUUGGAAGGAUGUGCAGCGCAAGAAAUGCUUGAGCAGGAAGAAGUGAGGGCUGUGUAUAAAUAUGUUAACAUAUUCUUCUGGAGACUGGAAAUAGCAAAUGGGAUUGAGAAGUGAGUAAUAUGCUUACUUUGGGAAAUAAAUGAUUGUACUUUCAUGGGGAAUUGAAUAAUGGAUACAAGAUAAAAUACAGAAGAAAAAACUAAGGGGAAAAAAGGGAAUUAAAGUGGAAUUUGGAGUGUAUGUGCAGGCUGUCUUUAUAGGAUUUUGUCUAUAAGAACUUUGUAUGUGGUAUAAUUAUUUAUUAUUAAAACACUUAAAUACUUAACUGUGUUCAAAAUUUCGCAGUUCAUAGGUGUUGACUUUGAGUUAUGUACUAUAUUAGGUUUGCACACAGCUUAUCAGAAUUGUUUACUGCCUGUACAUUGCAAUAUGUGAUACUAGAUAAAUACUUUGGCUAUUCUUAGAAGUAUCUACCAUAGUUUUUUUGUUUCCCUUUAGAUGACUUAUGUCUCUUGCUGGUGAUAAAUGCACUGUGUGGAACUUAAGUGUAGUGCAGUGUUUUAGCAGUAUUUCAAGCAGUUUAACUGUUUACUAGAUUAUCAGAAUUUUUCCACUGUUCCUGUUUAAUUCUGUUUCUUAUACAAUGUCUGUAAUUGUGGAUCUGAGCAUAUUCUAAGUGACAUGGCUAACAUCUGUCAUGUGUGAUUCUCCUUUCUGCUCCCUGGGAGGAAAAUUAUUGAGAGAAAAACGCAAGAGUCUCUAUAUAAACCACCAUCCUCCUGGGCAGUUGAGAAGGAAGUACAGUUCCUGCUCCACUAUUUUCCUGGAUGACAGCACAGUCAGUCAACCAAACCUCAAGUAUACCAUCAAAUGUGUAGCUCUCGCAAUAUAUUACCACAUCAAAAACAGGGACACAGACGGAAGAAUGCUCUUAGAUAUUUUUGAUGAAAACCUUCAUCCCCUUUCGAAAUCCGAAGUGCCACCAGACUAUGACAAACAUGACCCGGAGCAGAAGCAGAUUUACCGCUUUGUUCGGACGUUGUUCAGUGCUGCUCAACUGACUGCUGAAUGUGCCAUUGUCACCCUGGUAUAUCUUGAAAGACUUUUAACUUAUGCAGAGAUAGAUAUUUGUCCAGCAAACUGGAAGCGAAUUGUGCUGGGGGCAAUUCUGCUGGCAUCCAAAGUGUGGGACGACCAGGCAGUGUGGAACGUGGAUUACUGCCAGAUCCUGAAAGAUAUCACGGUCGAAGACAUGAACGAACUGGAACGCCAGUUUCUUGAGUUGUUACAGUUCAAUAUCAAUGUUCCCUCCAGUGUUUAUGCCAAGUAUUAUUUUGAUUUGCGUUCCCUGGCAGAAGCAAACAACCUGAGUUUUCCUUUGGAGCCCCUCAGCAGAGACAGGGCAUAUAAACUUGAGGCCAUUUCUCGCUUGUGUGAAGAUAAAUAUAAGGACUUCAGGAAAGCUGCAAAGAAACGGUCGGUCAGUGCUGACAAUCUGACUGUGGUUAGAUGGUCCCCUGCGAUUAUCUCCUAACAGAGGAGACUGGAAUAUCCCUACGGACGUACUGUUUCAUCCAUCCAUUUUUUUCAGAGUGGGCUGGGGGGCGGGGGGAUAAAGAAAAAAAGACUUUUGAUUUUUUUAUUUUUAAAUCUGUCAAGCUGCCUUUACAGUGCCUCCCCAUUGUGUAGCACACGAGUGAAAACCUAGUGGAAGGAGAAAUGGAAAAUCGGUGUUCGGGAGAGAGGAUGAGCAACAGUUUUUUUCUCACUUUCACUAACAGCUUUACACUUUUUAUGAGGAAACAGCGAAUCAGGUGCUUGAAAGAAGAAACAAAAAAAUGAAGUAGAGGCAGAAAAAUAUUUAAGAGAACUGUGCCAUUUUCUAUUAUACUGUACUCAUGAAGGGAAAUGGCAGCAUGAAAAUAAACCAUGUAGUCAGAUGACUGUGCACUAGAGGAGAAGAAGUUGGGAGAUUUCCAUCUUAAAGGUUUCUCUUAAUAUCUUUUUUGUUGUUGUUGUUGUUGGGUUUUUUUUUUGCGUUCCUCAUUGCUGCUUCCCAGGAUAAAAUCUUCCCCUUGCACAGCAGGAAGUACAAAGUCUGUAUUUACAGUAGCACAAGCCCCUGAAUAAAUAGCAUUGGGUUUUUUUCACUGCACUUUUCUCUGUAAGCUGUCUUAUUAGCAUUAUUCUUCUUAAUUAUUAUGCAUAUGUUACAUUUCUUGUAUGCCUUUUAUUGUAUUGCAAAAGAGAGAACUUGACCAUAGUGCUGAACCAAAAGUGUGUACAGGGAUCAGAAGAUCUUAGUAAUUUCAUGAUGUAUUUUAUUUAUAGUAUACUUGGGUGUGUGUGCCUUCCUGAGUUCUUGGAAUCAUUUAUUUUUCCGUAAUAUAAAGAUACAGUUGUUAAAGUCUUGAGAUGAUGAUGAUGAUGAUAAGACUUGGGCCAAAUCUCUGAAAUUUGCAACAGAUCUUGUGAUCCUUUUUGCAGAUUUUCAUAGCAUUAGAAGUUUAGCAGAAUUCAUUCAUUUUGAGGGAGAUUUUUUUUUUUUGUAUGGCCUGACUAGUUCAUUCCUUCACCUCCAGGUCCAUUGUUGCAAGCAAUAUUCUCAAUUUUUAUAUGUUUACUUUAAAUCAAAGCGAGUCUGUUUGUAUAAAAUAAAAAAUAAUAAAAAAAAUUGUUCCAAUGAGAAGGCCUGUAGAAGAGCAGAAUGGAAAUCUUAACAAGGUAUUUGUCACAAGGAGAUUUGAUUUGGAAGCUAAAAUACAAACCCUCAUGUUUUUCAGCGUAGGUGCUUAUAGAAAUUAAAAGUAACCGAACUGUGAACAUAAUUUCCAACUCUGAUUAUUAAGCUCUUACUGUUGUUACUGUUUCCCUCUUACCAUGGCUGUUGCUCCCUUGGCAAUUGAAAGAACCUUUUAUAGAAAAUAACUUGUCAGUAGAAGCAUAUUUGCUUCGUAAUGCCCCAGGGUGAUUUUCUUUUUUUCCCAAUUUUUUUUGCACAGUUUAGAAAGAUACAGCUGAAAGCUCUCAGUUCCCUGAAAUCCUUUCCUUGUGACUAUCACUGAAAUGAAUGGCAACAGACAUCCCUGAUUUAUGCACUACUGUUGUAACCCAUAAAAGAUUCCGUGUUUGUUUUGUUAAGCCCUAUGGGCUUGUAGCAAACCUGGGGGCCCAGCGAUGCACAUUUGACUCCCCAGAGUGAUGCUAAUCGGGUGCCUCCGGGCAGAAAGGCACCGACAGGUUUGAAGUAGUAAAACCAAACAGUUUUCUGUUGACUUUCUAAUGUGAUUUGUGUAGUUUGAGACAUGAAGGUUUCGUCCAUAAAUUCUCCUGGUGUCCUUUGGGCCUUUAAAAUAAUCUAAUUCUCAUCACUUCUUGUUGUGCCAAUGCAUCAGAACUGUGAGUAUCCAAGUCCAUUUUUCCCUUGAACGUGGAAUGUAAGGCAGGUGUUUAUAACAAAUUGCAGCAUUUGAAACCUCUUUACAGAUAUUAUCAAAAGGAACAUUUUCAGAGCAUUUGAAAUUCAUCCUUUAUAAGCAUAAAUUUAGGCUUUAAAAUAUGUAAAAUAUUUUGGUUUAUCAACACUUUGCUAAACUAUUUUCCAUUUAACUUGAUAUCAGGAAUAUUGGUUUUAUCCAUUUCUGGGUGAUAGAGAUACGAACUUUGGAUUAUGUAAAGAUAUCAAUGCAUCUACUAUAAUUUUUGUGAAGUUUAUUAAACUACUUUAAAGAUUGUAUAGUCUAUUUAUUGUAUGUAUGUACAUACAGUCUGAUACUUUAAAAAGUGGAUUCCGUAAAACCUGGCUCAGUCUUGUUUAGACUAUUGAAUAUCGUUUUAGCCUUGUGCACUGGACUCUACCUCUGUAUAGGAGAAUUUUCCAUAUUCUUAAUUAGUACUGACUCUGUGAUUAACUUGGUUAUGUUUCUUGCACUAAGAAUUAAAAAAAAAAUCUGCUGUAAGUGUGGAUUUUUUUCUUUAGUUUUGCCAUAUGAAUCCUCUACAUUUAGAUGGAUGUUUCUUUCCCUCAUGGUUAUAGAAUAAUUCUUUGCUUUUUCUUUGGUUUGUUCCAGGGUUGCCAAAAAAUACAGUACUUGUCAUUAAAUCUGAAUGAGUGUCUUUUGUUUGCAAGGUAUUCUAUACCAGGUAAUUAAAAAAGAAUUAUUAUUUAGGAUUACGUUGUGUUUAGUGUAGUUUUUUAAGCAUUACUGUAUGGAAAAUGCCAUUGCAAAGUUAGAGAAUCACCCUGGAUGUGAGAAGGGAGGAGAACAAUAUAGCAUUUUAAUUAACAGCACAAAUACAUUGUGUUUUGCUGUAAAUGUUUUCUGGAUAAAGGUUUUCAUUAUUGCUUUGGUCACCGGCUCAGAAAUGAAAAGGUGUGGGAGAUAUAAUAAACCUGUCCCUUCAAGCA